AUGUGGACUAUUGUAUGCUUUGAAUCUGACAAUUCUGUUGACGUAGUACCUGAUUUUUGGUACCGUAACGGUUCUUGUUCCUGGCCGAAAAAAACUUUAAAUGCCAAGAAAUUUAUAGAUAGACGUAUCUCUCCAAAUGAAAUAGAGUUUGAUAAUUAUAGUGCACGAGCUUUAUCUAAAAAUAUUGCAAGUUUCUCUGAAGCUCGUACAAAAGUUUUAAGAGCACAAGAAACAUCAGAAUUAUCAUCGGAUGACAAUGAUAAAAAUACAAGGAAAACGAGAAGGAAAAUAUGUUGGUCUCCUAGUUCUGAUGAAUCUUCAUUCAAAAAAUCAAAGCUCCCAACUCCUCCUAGCCUGCUUCAAUAUGAUGAUGAUGACUUAGAAAAUAUUGAAGUCUUUGAUCUAGAUAUGAAUAAACCUGCGAUUGGUAUACAGACUCAAGAAAUAUUUUCACAAAGUUCAUCUUCUAAUCAUAGUGAAAUAAAUGCAGAUUAUUAUGACUCAACUAAAAAAAUGAAUAAAUCAGCUCAUCCUACGCUGCAAGUAUUGCACACCGGUCAAGUGCUUCAUGAAUCAACAACACAAGAAACAUUUUCCCAAAAUCCAUCUUCUAAUCAUAGUGAAUUAAAUGCAGAUUAUUAUGACUCAACUAAUCAAAUGAAUAAAUCAGCUCAUUCUACGCCGCAAGUAUUGCAUACCAGUCAUGAAUCAACACCACAAAAUAUUGAUUGUUAUUUAUCUACGAUUGACAAUACUUCUGAUAUAAAAAAUGAACUUAAGGCUUUCAAACAAAUUGUAAACCGGAAUCAAGUCACCAUAAAAUAUGAAAUAAAAAAAAUACAAGAAAGACUUGAUUUGAUAUUCAAUAUGCAAGAAAAAAUAUUAGAUAAAUUAAUAAACAAUCAAACCAUUGAUAAUACAGAAUGUAAUUAUGUAGAAUUCUUAACUCCUAUGGAAAGUGAUGAAGAGUUGGAGAAAAUGGAAGAUAAAAUGAAAUCUGAUUUGGCAUACAGAAAAACUGUGGUUACAGAGUUAUCAAGAUUAAUGGGGCAAAAUUUGUCAGAAACUGUUCGAAAAAUAAUGCAAAAAUUAUUUAGUGAUACUUUGCUUACAUUCUACUCUUAUAUAGGGUUUAAGGGGAAAAAACAAUUUUCAACUCUACAAACUUGUGCAGUUAUAUUUGAGUCCAUAAGAAGAAUGAAAAAAUUUACUGACAUUACAAAUAUAGAAAUAGAAAAACCUUUGAAGACAUGGAUGGCACAAGCUUCAGCUCGUCUUAAAAAAAUUGAAGAAAAAAAAUCUUCAUGA